CUUUACAGAAGCUAUAAAUACCAUCGUCAGCUGAAACUUCGUUUACACGCUAGCUACUAUUCUUCUUAAAUCUUCUUCUUCUUCCUCUUCUUCUUCUUGUCCUAGCCUGCUUUGUUGUGAUGGCAGAUAACCCUUUUCAGCUGCCUCCUGGUUUUCGAUUUUUCCCCACAGACGAAGAGCUCGUAGUCCAUUUCCUUCAACGCAAGGCAGCUCUCUUACCCCUCCACCCCGAUGUCAUUCCUGAUCUCGAUCUCUAUCCAUACGAUCCAUGGGAGCUAAAUGGUAAGGCUUUGUGCGAGGGUAAGCAGUGGUACUUCUAUAGCCGGAGGACGCAAAAUCGGGUUACGAGUAAUGGAUACUGGAAACCCUUAGGCACCGAGGAACCUAUCAUAUCCUCUACUUCUAAUAACAGAGUUGGAAUCAAGAGAUACUUUGGGUUCUACGUGGGAGAAGCUUCUUCCGGGAUCAAAACAAAUUGGACAAUGCAUGAGUAUCGUCUCUCUUCAGUCUCGGAUACUUGCGCUUCUUCUUCCACCACUAGAUCAUCAAAGAGAAGAGUGCACCGGAAAGCAGUCAAUGAGUUCAGCGGAUUCGUGUUGUGUCGAGUUUAUGAGCGCAACGAUGACGAGGAAGAUGAUGAUGGGACAGAGCUUUCAUGCUUGGACGAGGUGUUCUUAUCUUUGGAUGAUCUUGAUGAAAUAAGUUUGCCAAACUGAGAUAGGAAACGUACGAAAGCUCGGGAGAGACGAGAAGGGAAAAGAGAUGGAUCGAAGAUGAUUUGAUAGACCUAACCAAGUGCGCAUGCCCCCAUUUUAUAUUAUGAAGCUUUAUCCAAUUGUAUCAUUAUUUCACUACUAGUACCACUGCAACUAGCUAGGCUAAGCUAGUAAAAAUCUUGUAAAUAAGUUCCAUUACAUGCACUUCGAGUGGCAACUAACAAUGGUCUUCAUUUGCAAGAAAGUUGGCAUAACCAGAAAAUGACAUUGAGAAUUCUGAUCCCACUAUG